CCCUAUUUUUCACGGCAACGGCAACAAAGAAUUUUUGUGUACCAAUAUUUAUUAAAUUAGUGCCAAUUGCAGCUAAAAUGCCCCUUCGAGUGAGCUAAAGACACAGCAUUAAAGUGAAUUAGAGUCUUGGCCUUUGCCUGCAGUGCAAUUCGUAUUCGGCAGGCCGCCCCAUAACCAACUGCGACUCAAGCAAAAGUCUCGCUAACAAUUUUAUGCUGUGAAGAAAGUUGGGGAAAAAUGGAGCAAAACUCCAAUAGCAGCAGUUCGGAGACAUUCGUGGAGGAGAGCAGUGGGGGCCCAGCCCGAUUCUUGGGAAAUUCUAAGGCCGACCCAGAUGUAGUCUCCGACGUCACCUAUGGAAUGGAUAACUGUCCCGGGUCCGCCUCUGGCAGUGACACAGUGUGCGCCACACACGAGUUUCAGACCAUGAAACCCGGCCCGGGAGGAGUGCAGAAGCAGCCGCCGAGUUCCAGCAGCAAUGGACGCACGCGCUCCGAGCUGCCGCACAGCGAGCUGGUGAAGAUGCUGUACUAUCUGGAGGGAGAGCUGCAGGCUCGGGAUGUCUGCAUUGCCGCCUUGCGCAACGAGCGCGUGAAGCAACUAAUCACACAGUUGCGCACCAAGCGGGUACAGCCCAAUGAUCCGUAUGCGGCAAUAUUCCGCGAUAAGAUCGCCAUGAAUGGGAAUCUCAUUUCGCGGGAGUCCUCCACGCAGGCGGCGCAGGCAGAGAUGGAGGUGCGGCAGAUAAUCGAGCAGCAGAUGGAGCAGCAGUACCAAAUGGUCAGUAAGCAGAGGGCCACGCAUGUCCGCAUGGUCAACAUACUCACCGAAUCCCUGGAGAACAACCAGCGCAUGCUGCAGGAGCUGGAGGAGGAGAAGCGUAAGCACGAGCACGACACGGCCCAGGGAGAUGACAUCACCUAUGGCCUGGAGAUGGAGCGCUCCAAGCUAAAGCAGGAUCUUGAAAACGAGCGGGCCCAGGUGGCCAGAAUGGAAAAAGAGCUGCAGAGGCUUCAAGAGACACUCGAGUACGAGCGCAAUCGACAAAAGCAGAUUGUCCUCCUCCUGAUAGCCGAGCGAAAGAAGAUUUUGAUGAAGUACAUUGAAGAGGGCAAGCGCUCUGAGGAUUUGGCACAGAUCUUGGCCGAGGAGAAGCAGCGCUCGGACACCAUCGCUGAGGGCCUCGAGGAGGAAAGCAAAAAGUCGCUUCGCAUGGAAGAGGAGAUGGAAAAGCAAGCGCAGUCAAUGGAGAUUGAACGCAAAGCCAUAAUGGCCAAGCUGGCCAAAGAGGAGCUUCGAGUCAAAGAGCUGGAGCAGGAGCUCAACACGCUGCGUGCCGAGCACGAGGCCUUGAAGAAGCAGCAGCAGCAGCACCAGCAACUGGCAGGCAGCAGCUCAACGGUGGCUGCCAACAAGGCGCGUCAGUUCAGCGACGACGCUUGUGCCACACCACCAAUGGCAAACAUCGCCAAAAUUGUGCAGCCAACAGCCACAGUAAGCAGCAUGCCGGUGUCGGGCCCACAAACCGGAAUAGCCCGAUCCAUAGCGCCCGGACAGAACAUACGCAGCGCUGGCAUAGCCACGGCGCCCACGGGUACGGCCACAGCACCCACAGUCAUCAACCACACCACAGCCAGUAGUAAUAGCAUUGGAGCGACUAGCACUACGGCUGGAGUCACACCAUCGGUGGAUGCAGGAGCGAGUGGCGCUAGUGUGAGCGCUCCUACGGUGGCGCCACCAUCCCCCUCUCCGGCGAAAAUGCAGCCCACGGCCACAAUUCAACGGGCUCCGGGUGGCAAGUAUGCUGCACUGGCUGCAGCGGCUGCUCUUGACCAGACGGCCACACCACCGCAUCCACAUCCUGUUCCCAUUGCCGUGCCCCCAGUGACGGUGCCACCAGCGGGUGCUCGCGGUGCACCGCCACCCAUACCGACCAAGCCAAUUGUACCGCCCAAGCGGGAGCCCUCACUCUCACGCCUGGGCUCCAUAACAAGCGGCAGUGCCAUAGCAUCGGUCACGGCUGCGGUGCCAGCAACUGCAGCCCCGCCCGUUCCAUCUUCGACGAGUGUGGCAGCAGCAGCAGCCGCGGCAGCUGGAGCUGGCACUGCAAAGCAUAAUUAAUUAGUCUCCCACACCCUCCACUCUCCACUCGCGUCCUAUGUAUGCGCAUUAUAAACAAAACAAAUAUGUAUUGGUGUAGCGUAAGCCAAAAUACUCAAGCAGCGUAUUCAAUGAUGUCGCUCUAUGGCGCCGGCACUAGGCAACAGGAUGUAGAUCAUACAUACUCUCAAACUGCUGUCUCUUGUGGGUAUAAAUACUCGAUGGCUACCGACUUGAAAGCCAUUUAAUAGCCAAAUGUUUCGAGGCCUAUUUUAGUUCUUUUGUAAUGUUUCCAUUUUAUUUAUUGAAAAAAACCUAUGUAAAAGGUAUUUUAUCAUUUAUAUAUGUCCAGUGUUCUGCUUAGUUUGAACUCUAUUUGAGGAGAAUUUGAUUGGAAUUGAUUGUUUGAUUUUCUGCCAUUUCUGUUGCCUGGUGCUUGAUAAUUUGGCAAGCGUUUUGAGAGAAGUUGGUGAAGCAUACUCUAUCGUGACCCACGUCCCCCCUAAAAUCGGCUCCUCAACUAAUUAUAGUUUAGUUUUUAUUAUUUUUUUAUAAGGACCAUUUGUAUAAUGAAUGCCAAGCGCUGGCUGGCAGCCACACUUAAUUGUAAUUCCGAACAUUUCUACAAGGCCGUGCGAUUCUCAUAAUGAUAAACAUCCUCCCCCCACAUAUACAUACAUACAUACAUAUAUAGUUAAUAUAUACAUAUAUAAUAACCACAGAUACUAUAUAUCCCUAUAUACGUAUACCUAGUAUAGUAUAUACAUAUGUGUGUAGUCGUUUGUGCUCUGUGCGUUGUUUAAUAGUUGUUAGGUACGCGUGUAAACUUCUCUACCCUCUUCAGUGCAGCUAAAGUCCCCUAUAAUAUUAUUUGCCUAGGAUUUUAAUUUUGUUUCGAACUCGGCUUGGGCAGUGUUGAAGAUCCAGAGAAUCCUCUCGUAUACCAUUACAAACCCAUCCACUGUUUUACACUAGCUUAGAAUUCUGUAAUGCGGGGAGAUUUUGUUGGUAAGAGAUUUGCUCAAGAGAUUCGUCGGAAUGGAUGAUGGUUUUUAUAAAUGUGUACUGUGCAGAUCCCUCCAGUCCCCCAAGCAGCUUGGAUUGAUUUCCAUUUAGUCAAUGGGCAGCCGCAGCCGCCAGUCAAGGUCAAGAGUAGCGUUGUUGGUACAAUAAAUAGCAGACAAAGAGGCACAAGAAACAAAACAAAAGAAAACAAAA